AUGGCUGACCAAAAAGUUGCCUUGAUUGUGAUUGAUGGCUGGGGUAUUGCAGGCCCCGACUCCCCACCCCAGGGAGAUGCCAUCGCCGCGGCGGAUACUCCAUACAUGUCCGGCUUCGCUGAGCCCAACUCCAAGACCGCCCAGGGCUACGCCGAGUUGGAUGCCUCUUCGCUCGCUGUUGGUCUGCCCGAGGGUCUGAUGGGCAACAGUGAGGUCGGUCACCUGAACAUUGGUGCUGGCCGUGUUGUCUGGCAGGACAGUGUUCGCAUUGACCAGACCCUCAAGAAGGGCGAGAUGGGCAAGGUGCCCAGCGUUGUCAAGUCUUUCACCCGUGCGAAGGAGGGCAAUGGACGCCUGCACCUUCUGGGAUUAGUCUCUGAUGGCGGUGUUCACUCCAACAUCACUCACUUGUUCGCCUUGCUCCAGGUCGCCAAGGACAUGCAGAUCCCCGAGGUUUUCAUCCACUUCUUCGCCGAUGGACUUGCUUGA